AUGUCAGACACUAUUGACCUGACGCGGUCUGAUAAUGACCAGGAUGACGAGACGGUUGCUCAGCUAUAUGCAGCCAUCGAGAGCGCCGCCGAGGAGCGUGUACGGGACCUCAUGGUGACUCUCGCGUCGGACGUGCCAGCAGCUAGGCAGCUAUUGCUACGCGCGCUGGUCCCUGAGAAUGGGCAGAACAUGGGGAACGAGAAUAGGACUGGGAACGGGGUGGUUAGGAGGGCCGAAGUAAGGUGGGAGACAUGCAAGAACUGCGGGGAAGAGUAUGAUGCCAACGAGGAGAGGGAAUGUGUCUACCACCCUGCGUUCGUCGACUGGGACGAAGAUGUGCACGGGGAGAUGGAUACAAAACGAAACCGAAGAGACUACCCGGAGAAUUUUACUUGGACCUGUUGUAAGAGGGACGGCAGAAAAGACGGCUGCAGGGAGGACGUACAUGCUGUCGGGGGAAGGAAGAAGGUUCGGCGGCAUUGA